GAGAGAGCGGAGUGAAACACGUAAGGGAGUGUUGUGAGGUCCUUUUAUUCUUCUGUUUCUAACAUUCGUUGCAAGUUUCAAUCAUGUCAAGCAGUGAUGACAAAUCAACCACUAGAAGACACCAUGUGGAUGAAUCUUUCAUGUUCAAAGCAAUGCAACAACAAUUUCAGAGGCUAGACAUCAUGCUUGGUGAGAUUAGAGACAAAAUGGAGAAGCAAGAUGCAGCUAUAGCCAAUUUAUACCAAAUACAGAAUGGAAGUCCAAAUUUGCGUAGGAAUGACGCUAAUGAUGAUCUCAAUGACGAUUAUGAAAAUGUGUAUUUGGUGUUUGAUUGCCAUAACAAUUCUGAGGAGAAAAAGGUGAAACUAGCAGUUGUGGAAUUUGCUGAUUAUGCUGUGGGCCUUACUCAAGGGUCUAAAAUCGUUGAGGAUUAUCACAAAGAGAUGGAAAUCGCAAUGAGGCAUGUUGCAUCGCAAUGUCCUAAUAAGCACAUGAUGAUCUUGAGAGAAGAUGGAGAAAUUGAAACCGAGGGUGAAUCUAAUGAUGAAUCUAUGCCACCAUUAGAAGAUGUUAAUGAUGGUGUGGAAUAUGCCGUUGACGGAGAACUGCCCGUCACUAGGCGAGCUUUGAAUGUGCAAGCCAAAGAAGAUGAUGAAGUACAAUGUGACAAUAUAUUUCACACAAGGUGCCAUGUCAAAAACAAGGUAUGUAGUGUGAUUAUUGAUGGUGGUAAUUGUACUAAUGUAGCUAGCAUUGUUUUAGCUGAAAAGCUUAAUUUACCUACGACGAAGCAUCCAAGGCCAUAUAAGCUGCAAUGGUUAAACGAUUAUGGAGAAAUUAAGGACUUCAAGGACGUGUUUCCAGAGGACAUCCUUAAUGGUUUACCACCAAUAAGAGGAAUUGAGCAUCAGAUUGACUUCAUUCCAAUUGUGUAUGGUUUUAAUCCACUUACCCCUUUGGAUUUAUUGCCAUUACCCAUUGAUGAACGAGCUAGUUUGGAUUGGAAAAAGAAAGCUAAAGUGGUUAAACAACUACAUGAGAAGAAGGAGCGAUUCCCUGCACAAAGGCAUUCUAAGUUGCAACCAAGAGGCGAUGGACCAUUUCAAGUGAUUACAAGGAUAAAGGACAACGCAUGCAAGUUGGAGCUUCCUGGUGAGUAUAAUAUUAGUGCUACUUUUAACGUUUCUGAUCUUUCUCCUUUUGAUGUAGGUGACAAUUUGAGGAAAAAUCCUUUUGAGGAGAGAGGGAAUGAUGGGAAUCAAGAUGACCCCACAUGUACCACGUCAAGAGAUCCAUUACACAUUCCAGAAGGUCUAGUCACGAGAGCCAGAGCUAGAAAGAUGCGAGAAGCUUUAAAUGGCCUUAUUGAGAAGAUCUAGGUUGAUAACAACAUGCAACAAGUAAAUUGAAGCUUGGAUGAUUAUCAAGGCAUGGUAAACAUCAUUCAAAUUCAAGAGAAGCUUAAUUGAGGUCAUUUAUGCUAAAUUACACAGUUUGCGUCAAAAUCCUGUAAUUCUGUCGCAAUUUUGUAACAAACUAAUAUUUCAUGU